GUCCCCGUCAGCAUCUCAGCCGUGUCACCCGCUGCCGCUCUAGAGGGACAGCCAGCGCGGUUCACUGUCCUUAGGAGCAGGCAAUGGAACACCAGCGUGCUCCCGGGGGCUGAGAGGAAGGGACGGCAGUUCCCAGAGCGCAGGGAGCCGCACAUCCCGGCGUGCCCCGGCCCCGCACGCCGCGGAAGAGAGCAGCAUGCCGGGAGCCGUAGUCCGCCCUCGCCUCCGGCCCGGCGCCGCUCGCAAGCCCGAGCCUCUGCAUCCCCCGGCCGGCUGAUCCUCCUGCCCCCGGAUGGAGGGAUCGGAGGAGCUGGAAAACAGCCUCCUGACCCAGCCCUGGGCUUCUGUUUGCUUUGGCGAGUCCACUUUUCUUGCCAAAGUGUGCUUCAGGGAUACUGGCUAUAUCCUGCUGAUCUCUGACCUCACCAGUGUCUGGUACGAGAGUGCAGAUGCCGAGGCUGUGGGACAAAGGUCCAAGUGCUGUGCUGUGCCCCCUAACCUUGCCUUUUCCCAGGAGCUGAACAAGCGGCUGACAGUCCACGUGUCCUCCUUCCUGAACCACUUGUGCAACUUGAUGUGCCCCUUGCUGGCAGGGCAGCCAGGUGCCACCACUGCCUUCUCCUGCCACCGCUCUCCCAGUGGCCUCAGGCUGCAUGUGAAAAGCGAGCUGUCAGGACUGCCCUUCUGCUGGGACUUCCACUGCUGCCCGGCUCCCUUGGACAUGGUGUCCCGUCACCUCGUGCGGCCCCUGAUUCAGAUGAACCUGGCGCUGCAGUGCCAGGUGCAAGAGCUGAUUUCCCUGCUGCUGCAGAAGGAUGCUGAGAUUGAAGAUUACAGAGAGAGCGGGGCCACUCUCAGCAGAGACCGCCUGCGGACAGAGCCCUUCCGGGAGGAGAUGUUUCAGCAGAACUUCAUGGCCGAGACCCUGCCCCGGAUCUGCAGUGCAGGAGAAGGGCAGGCGUUUGCCUCUGCUCUGCAGCAGCUCUACACUGCAGUGACACAGCAGGAGGUCAAGCAGGCUCGGAAACGGCAUUGCUCUGAGGAUGAUGUGGAUACAGCACCCACUGCAGAGACCAUAAAGCACCCCCAUUCACCUGCUGCAUCCCAGGAGGAUGAAACGACAUCUUCCAGUGAGAGAACCUCGCCAGCCUCCUCCCCAUCUCAGAAGCCCCGGCUACCUGCAGCCAAGGCCAAGCCAAAGAAGGCAAAAGGGCUCUUCAGCUGAAGCACUGCUGCCAACCCUGCUGAGGUCUCUGCUUCCCCCAGCAUCCAAGAGAGGCAGUGAAGAGAACCCAUUCAUCAGCUGCUCAUCUCUGCAUCUCCUCAUGGACCCUGCCCAGGUCAUGGUCCUCUCCCAAGAUGUCUCCAGCU